AUGCUGGAGACGCGGUCCGUGCGCGCCGCUGACUCGGUGUGGGCGAACAAGCCGCUGCCGGCGCCGCACGCCAUGGCCAGCUCCAGGCACGGGAAGAAUACACAGGAUGAUGUGUGCUACGUGGUAGCCAAGUACGACUACGCGGCCCAAGGAGCUCAGGAGCUGGACCUGCGGAAGAACGAGCGCUACCUGCUACUAGACGACUCGAAGCACUGGUGGCGCGUACAGAACGCGCGCAGCCAGUCGGGGUACGUGCCCAGCAACUAUGUCAAGAAGGAGAAGCCCUCGCUGUUCGAUAGCAUCAAAAAGAAGGUGAAGAAAGGUUCAGGUUCUAAGACCCUGCCGUCGAACAGUUCUCCAGUGCGUGGCGGUGGCGGGGAGUCUCCGGGCGCGAGGCGUGUGGAGCCCACGGAGGCGCUGGGCACGGCCGUCGUCAAGUACAACUACCAGGCGCAGCAACCAGACGAACUGGCGCUCACUAAGGGCACGCGCAUACUGAUAUUGGAGAAGAGUAACGAUGGCUGGUGGAGGGGGCAGUACCAGGGACACACGGGAUGGUUUCCUUCAAACUACACGAGCGAGGAAGGAGACGAGGACACCGUCCACACUUACGCGAUGGCUGAGAAUGUACUCGAUAUUGUUGUGGCGCUGUACUCGUUCACGUCCAACAACGAGCAGGAGCUGUCGUUCGAGAAGGGCGACCGGCUGGAGAUCAUCGAGCGUCCUCCCUCCGACCCCGAGUGGUACCGCGCGCGGGACAACCGGGGACAGAUAGGGCUCGUGCCCAGGAACUACCUGCAGGAACUAGCCGACUACCUCACGCAGCCCUACAGCGAGGCGUCCGAGGGCGGUCCGUCCAGUGCGGUGUCUCGUGUGGGUGCGGGCGGGCCGGGGCCGGGGGUGGGCGGCGGGGCGGUCGGCCGCGCCUGGUACUUCGGCGCCAUCACCCGCACCCACUGUGACGCGCUGCUCAACCAGCACGGACACGACGGAGACUUCCUCAUCCGAGACUCGGAGACCAACGUGGGCGACUACUCCGUGUCGCUGAAGGCGCCGGGCCGCAACAAGCACUUCCGCGUGCAGGUGGAGGGCAACCUGUACUGUAUCGGCCAGAGGAAGUUCACGACCCUGGACCAGCUGGUGGCGCACUACCAGCGGGCCCCCAUCUACACCAACAAGCAGGGGGAGAAGCUGUACCUGGUGCGCCCUCUGCCGCGCGCCAACCAGAACUGCUGA